AUGCGAGGUUCAGUCCUGGGAUUUGGCACUGAUAUCGGAGGUUCGGUGCGUAUCCCUGCCUUAUGCUGCGGGCUAUACGGUUUGAAACCAACUGUGGAUCGAAUACCAUACUUUGGUCAGACGCCCUUUGUGAAAUAUGGGUACCAGCCCAACGUGAGCUACGCUAUGGGGCCGUUAGCGCAUUUUGCCCGGGACAUACACUUUAUCUUGAGGACCAUCGUCGAGUCCAAGCCGUGGAAAUACGAUCAUACAGCACUUUCAAUGCCAUGGACACCAAGCAGUCUCCAGAACCAUUUAACAGUAGGUUGCAUCAUCGAAGAUCCACUGUAUCCAGUUGCGUCACCAGUGCUUCGAACGAGACAGGCCGCCAUUGAGAAAUUGCGCCACGCCGGGUUGGACAUUGGCAUACUGGGUGACGUCCCGUCAUUUGAAGAAGCAGGAGACCUCACUUGGAGUUAUUUUGACCUCGAUAAUACUCUAGUUCCUUACAAGGGCUGGCCUGGAGCGUCUGGCGAGCCAUUGGUCAGUGCCGUUGAGAAGAUGCAUAGAUCACAUGUGAAUCCCCGCAAAAACCGAACGCUUGAGCUCUUUCAGAUGAAUGUCAAGCGGUCCGCAAUCCGGCGACGGUGUCAAACAGAUACGCAUAACUUGCUUCAAUGGUAA